UCGCCAACAAUGUUGUUUAGUUAUAUAAUAAUAAUAAUAUACGUGGUAGGCGGUAGCUAUUUAGGAAUCCUAUUUCUUAUUGAAAUCUAUUUUAUAUUUGUUUUAUUUAUUUAUUUAUUUAUUGUUUGAUGAUUACAUAAUCCUUUUCCGAUUAGAACUUGACUUUAUAAAUACUUAUCUCUUUUGUAAUUCAUACAUAGUAUAUUUUUCUCAACAAUUCAGUACUAGACAUCUUCUAAAGAAAAAAAUUCAUUCUUCUCAAGAGCAUUCUAUCGGUUCUUUCAGGAAGAAUUAAGCGUUUUAUCAAGAUAUCAACUCUAACCAUCAUGGAAACAUUGUCACCGACCGAACUUGAAACGGAAGAUGUUAGAGCGGCCAUAAUUUUGCUUUCCAUGAACAAUAAAACUUUGGGAUACGAAGAAGCCAAAAGUUUGGAAAAGAGGAAAAGGAAGACUCUUCUUCCCGAGAAAAUAGAAAGAGCAAAAAGGAUAAAUCAAGAUUUAGCUUACAGUAUUGAUGGGACUAUGUUGUCAAGAUAUCCUCCAAAUUUGGAGGGCAUAAUAGACAUUGAGGCCUGCAGCCAUCCCUUUGAGAAGCAACUCACCCCUACAGAUGUGAAGGAAGAAAAAAAUCGCCUCUGUUUGAAUAAGGACAAGGUGAUAAACCUGAUUUUGCCAUUAAUGAAUGAUGAUGAAGAUCCCAUUAAUGGUAUUACUGUGACAACUUAUGACUCAUAUGGGGUAGAGUAUGAGAUGACAUUUAAGAGCUGGUCGGAUAAUAAAUUCUAUGUUCUCAAUGGAGGGUGGAAGAAGUUUUGUCAAGAAAAUGAAUUGAAGGAGUAUAAAAGCUGGGUCACUGUUUGGAUGUUCCGCCAUAGCCAAACUAGAAAAAUCUGUUUUGCCCUCAAUUGGAAAACGAUGGACACAAAUCCUCCAUGUCUUAAUAAAUCCAACAAACCUAGAAAAUAAAAAGAAAACAUGAAAAUCUUCUUGUAUUUAUUAAUUUACUUAUGCUUGUAUGAGUUGUAUCCUUUCAAAC